AUGGCUAGGGAUUAUCCUCAGAAUAAGAAUCAUAUGCAGGGGAGGAGCACCGGUCGAGUUUAUACUUUGGAUGCAAGGAAGGCUAAGAGCAACAAUGCCUUAAUUGCGGGUACGUGUCUUGUCAAUGAUCAUCCUUGUUUUGUAUUGUUUGAUUGUGGGGCGACACACUCUUUUGUAUCAGUUCAGUGCAUGAAGCGUCUUGGCUUGCAAGCAAUUCCCUUGUCUCCUCAUAUGGUGGUUACUACUGCCAUGGAUGAUGUGGUUGAGACACCGUUGAUUUGUGAAAAUUGUUCGCUCUCGAAGUUGAUUAUCAUUCCAUCUAGUGAAGCUACUCCAAAGGAUGUAUUAACUACUAUCUUGGAAGGUACAGUUAGCAUGGUUAAUUUCUUAUUUGAGAAAGAAAAGUCAGUUCUCUUGGUUCUCACCAAGGAAUGUAGCGGCAAUCUCAAUGUUACACAAAUUCCUAUCGUUUGUGAAUUUCCGGAAGUUUUCCCUGAGGAUGUCACUUCUCUUCCUCCUGAAAGGAAAGUGGAAUUCUCUACUGAUCUGAUACCUAGGAUGGCUCCAAUCUCCAUUUCUCCCUAUUGUAUGGCGCCACUCGAGUUGAGAGAGUUGAAGGAUCAAUUAGAAGAGUUGUUAACAAAGCAUUUCAUCUGA